UUGAGAAAAAGAGAAACACAAGAAGCAUGAAGCCCAGUGUUACACCAGAAAGGGAAAGAGAGGAGAGUUUAUGAUCACUGAUCGGUGCUUUCAAAACUAGGGUUUCUAUCUAUUUUGAUAUUUUCUUGAAUCAGACUUUCUUCAUAAAACCCUGCAAGAGAUGGAGGAGCCUCAGAACGGGAACGAAAGCUCUGUUGUCGCAGUGACCGAGGAAGAUCCGGUAGUUGGACCCGGCCCGGCACCUCGCGCUCGUCCCAAGCGUCCUCUCCAGUUCGAGCAAGCGUAUCUCGACUCCCUUCCCUCUGCCAACAUGUACGAGAAAAGUUUUAUGCACCGUGAUGUGGUGACACAUGUUGCUGUUUCGGCAGCAGAUUUUUUCAUAACUGGGAGUGUUGAUGGGCACAUAAAAUUUUGGAAGAAGAAGCCUAUUGGCAUUGAAUUUGCGAAGCAUUUUAGAUCCCACCUUGGCCCAAUUGAAGGGCUGGCUGUUAGUUUGGAUGGUUUGCUUUGCUGUACAAUUUCUAAUGAUCGUUCCGUCAAAAUAUAUGACGUAGUCAACUAUGACAUGAUGGUCAUGAUACGUCUUCCAUUUAUACCCGGUGCUGCUGAAUGGAUUUACAAACAAGGGGAUGUCAAAGCGAAACUUGCUAUUAGUGAUCGUAACUCCUCAUUUGUGCACAUAUACGAUGCACGAGCUGGUUCAAAUGAACCCAUCAUCUCUAGAGAGAUACACUUGGGCCCGGUAAAAGUUAUGAAGUACAACCAUAUUUUUGAUACUGUGAUAUCUGCAGAUGACAAGGGAAUCAUCGAGUACUGGAACCCUGCUACACUUCAGUUCCCAGAGAACGGGGUGAAUUUCAGAUUGAAAAGUGAUACUAAUCUCUUUGAAAUUGCGAAAUGCAAAACUGCUGUCUCUGCUAUUGAGGUGAGCCCAGAUGGUAAGCAAUUUUCCAUCACUUCUCCUGACCGUAGAAUGCGUGUACUUUGGUUUAGAACGGGAAAAUUAAGACGAGUAUAUGAUGAAUCUCUUGAGGUUGCCCAAGAUCUGCAGAGGAGUGAUGCUCCCUUAUACCGGCUGGAAGCUAUUGAUUUUGGACGAAGAAUGGCUGUAGAGAAAGAAUUUGAGAAAACAGAAAAUGCACCCCAACCGAAUGCAGUUUUUGAUGAAAGCUCGAACUUCCUUAUAUAUGCAACUCUCCUUGGAAUUAAAGUUGUGAAUUUACAUACCAAUAAAGUUGCUCGAAUUCUUGGUAAGGUGGAGAAUAAUGAUAGAUUCUUAAGAAUUGCCUUGUAUCAAGGUGAUCGAAGCAGUAAAAAAGUACGAAAGAUUCCUGCCGCUGCAGCAAAUGCAAAUGAGAGCAAAGAGCCUUUGACUGAUCCCACGCUCUUAUGUUGUGCUUUCAAAAAACACCGUAUCUAUUUGUUCAGUCGAAGAGAACCAGAGGAACCUGAAGAUGCGACUAAGGGGAGGGAUGUGUUUAAUGAAAAGCCUCCCGCUGAUGAACUUUUGGCUGUAUCAGAUAUCGGAAAAUCUGUUACAACUUCUCUUCCAGAUAAUGUGAUCAUGCACACCACGCUGGGUGAUAUUCACAUGAGGCUCUACCCUGAAGAAUGUCCAAAAACUGUGGAGAACUUUACAACACACUGCAGAAAUGGAUAUUAUGAUAAUCUGAUUUUCCACCGGGUCAUAAAAGGCUUUAUGGUACAGACAGGAGAUCCUUUGGGAGAUGGUACUGGUGGGCAAUCUAUUUGGGGAAGGGAGUUUGAAGAUGAGUUUCACAAAAGCUUACGUCAUGACAGGCCUUUCACUCUUUCAAUGGCAAAUGCGGGGCCCAACACCAAUGGCUCUCAAUUCUUUAUCACCACAGUAGCCACUCCAUGGCUGGACAAUAAGCACACAGUUUUUGGUAGAGUGAUAAAAGGAAUGGAUGUUGUCCAGGCUAUUGAGAAAGUGAAGACAGACAGGGGAGAUAGGCCAUUUCAAGAUGUGAAAAUCUUAAAUGUGACUGUUCCCAAGUCUUAAAGCCUUCCCCAUGCCAUUGAUGAUAUGUUACUUAUUGUUGCUGAUUUUUGUUGGCAGUCCCAGGCCACAAGAACAUCUCACAUCAGGUACACGGUGCUAUCAUGUUGAGGAAACCAAGAGAAAUUAACUUUUCCAAUGAGUGGUUAUUUGAGAUUUAGCAUACAUAUCACCUCGUGUUAUUGAAAUCUGGGAUCGUUAUCCAUGACUUCGACUCUUUGAAGAAAGUCCCACAGGCAGGCGAUCAGUAAAUUGAAUCAUGACGAUGAUAGGGUUGUUUAUUGUGUGGCAUAUGGCAUUGAUAUAUAUAUAUAUAUAUAUAUAUAUAUAUAUAUAUAUAUAUAUAUAUAUAUAUAUAUAUAUAUAUUUAGUAGCAUGUUACUUUGUUGUUGGACUAGGAAAGUAAAUGGACAGGACGUGUAACAUGUCCAUGACCUGGAUUAACCCCGAGGAAUCAGGCAUUGAGAUGACACUAUAAUUUGUAUAUGUUUUGUGCUUGGUUUCUCUGCUAUGUUUUGUAGUUGCUAAAGCAUAUUUAUCAGACCGAACUGGAAAUCCUGAAAUUGUCAAUGGAUAUUACGCCUUCUCAUUUUGUGCUU